AACCCAAAAGCAGAAAACAGCUGUCUGAAUGAGAACCCGGAGGAAGGCGGCCCUGCCAGGAUCUUCAGCGUGGCGCUGGUUGUCUGCUGUGUCGACUACACCUGAACCAACUUGACAGACAAAGCAGCGCCGCGAAACAAGGCCUACAAUGGAGGUGCCCCUUGUCAAUUUUGAGAACAUGGAUGAUGUUGGCAUCAACCUGGGUGACCCAAAUGACUCCGGGUACCCAACUUCUCCUACCUCAGAGGCUCCUGAUCAGAAUCUGCUGAUCCACCGUCUGCCAUCUCCUAAUCAGUCUCCGCACAGAGGGCGAAGGAGGCAUCAUAGCAGCCAAGAGGGGUUAUCACCCGCCACGCCGGCCACACCGCCCACUCUGACCACGAAAGCAAACUCCAGCAGUGGUAGUCUGAUGUCCAACCUGAAGCUUCUGAUCAACAGUGAGUCACCUGCAGACAGUGUCUUCAGUAAGAUGGCUAAGGAUUACUAUGAGAAUGAAGAUCUGUUUGAAAAGACAUAUGCGGAAGAAAAAGAUGAAAAAGUUGUCAUCAAUAUUUCGGGUCUGAUGUUUGAGACCCAGCUCAGCACUCUGAAUAAGUUCCCAGACACACUGCUUGGUGACCCCAUGAAGAGAAUAAGUUACUUUGACCCAAUGAGAAAUGAGUACUUUUUUGACAGAAACCGCCCAUCUUUUGAUGGUAUUCUCUACUACUACCAAUCAGGAGGAAGACUCCGCAGACCGGCCAAUGUCCCCUUAGAUGUUUUUGCGAAUGAAAUAGUUUUCUAUGAGUUGGGUCAUGAAGCAAUGGAGCAGUUUCGUGAAGAUGAAGGUUUUAUCAAAGAGCCAGAGGUCCUUUUGCCCACCAGUGAACUCCAACGGCACUUCUGGCUCCUGUUUGAAUACCCGGAGAGCUCCAGCGCAGCAAGAGCAGUAGCUUUGGUUUCAGUCUUUGUCAUUGUCAUUUCCAUCUUCAUUUUUUGCUUAGAAACCCUGCCAGAGUUCAGAGAAGACACCGACUCAUUCCCAGGUGAAACAGCAACCAUCAAUGGGACCCAAGGUGGUUCUACCCCUGCCAUGAAAGCUCUGCUGGCAUAUUUCACAGAUCCUUUCUUCAUUGUAGAGACAAUUUGCAUCAUUUGGUUCUGCUUUGAAUUUGGUGUCCGUUUUGUGGUCUGCCCGAGCAAAAGUGAAUUCUUCAAUAACAUCAUGAAUAUCAUUGACAUAGUCUCUAUAAUUCCCUAUUUUGUAACCCUAGGAACAGAGCUGGCUACUAGCGCGGAUGAAGAUGUGAACUCAAGUCAGAACAUGUCCCUGGCAAUCUUACGAAUCAUUCGUCUUGUGAGAGUUUUUAGAAUUUUCAAACUAUCCCGACACUCUAAAGGGCUUCAAAUCUUAGGACAGACCUUAAAGGCCAGUAUGAGGGAACUCGGACUGCUCAUCUUUUUCCUUUUUAUAGGAGUCAUCCUGUUCUCAAGUGCCAUCUAUUUUGCAGAAGUGGAUGAGCCCCAGACGCAGUUUGUUAGUAUCCCUGAUGGCUUCUGGUGGGCCGUGGUGACAAUGACAACAGUGGGAUAUGGCGACAUGUGCCCCAUCACCAUGGGAGGCAAAAUGGUCGGGACCCUUUGCGCCAUCGCUGGUGUUUUGACCAUUGCCUUGCCUGUCCCUGUCAUUGUCUCAAACUUUAACUACUUUUACCACCGCGAGACUGAGCAAGAGGAGAAGCACAUCAUGGAUGCUGCAGUGGAGGCCGCACAAAAAAAUUCAGCCCCAAACAAGUAUGGAAGCACACCUUCACUAAGCAAAAGCAAUGGUACCUGGCAGAGUGUGAAAAAUGGCAUGCAGUGUUAAAGUUAUUUUACAUCCACGGAAGGCAUAAAAUAAAGGACUAGUGAAAUCUUCCCAGGCAGCACAGUGACAUAGUGGUGAGCAGUGUUGCCUCACUGAAGGCUCAGGGUUCCUUCUGGACUUGGUCCUUUCUGCGUGGAAUACUUAUGUUCUCCCUGUGUUUGCCUGGGUUCCCUCCGAGCUCUCUGGCCUCCUCCCACUUCCAAAGACGUACAGGUUAGGUGAACUGGUGACUCGAAAUUGACUGUAGAUG